AUGUCGCGUUUCCGGUGUCGUACAGCGACUGCCGCGGAUGUUGAUGUUUUGUUUGUGAGCCUGCUCCUGGAAGAUGUGAAAUAUCGGGUUUGGGACGCCUCGCUUUCUUCUCUACUUGUUUAUUCUCCAUCCGACCAGGUUUGCUAGGAGCAAUCCCGGGCGGCAUCGUGUCUGACCCGGCGUCUCGACCGGGGAGCAUCGCGGUUCGGCGGGGACGUGGUGCGAUGAUGGAGGACUUUGACGAGAUCUACGAGGAAGAGGAGGAGGAAGAAGAGGACGAGGACAGGGCCGCGGAGGAACAGCUUCUCAAGUACGCUCCGGACCCGGUGGUGGUGCGAGGCUCCGGACACGUCACCGUGUUUGGGCUUAGUAACAAAUUUGAAUCGGAAUUCCCUUCAGCACUUACAGGCAAGGUAGCACCAGAAGAAUUCAAAGCAAGCAUCAACCGCGUGAACAGUUGUCUGAGGAAGACUCUGCCGGUGAACGUGAGGUGGCUCCUGUGCGGCUGCCUCUGCUGCUGUUGCACACUUGGCUUCAGUUUGUGGCCUGUCAUUUGUCUCAGCAAGAGGACAAGAAGAUCUAUAGAGAAGCUUCUAGAGUGGGAGAACAGUAGACUCUACCACAAGUUGUGUUUGCAUUGGAGACUGAGCAAAAGGAAGUGUCAAUCCAACAACAUGAUGGAAUAUGUAAUCCUAAUAGAAUUCCUCCCAAAGAUCCCCAUCUUCAGACCCGACUAGCCCGUCUGCCCUGAAGAUGCCGACUAACGAACUAAAGUCCCUCCUGAAUCACUCCGAAAGGAUUUUUGUGUUGACAGGGUACAACAUCCACCCUCUUAUUUUCUUUUAUGGACCACUUCUCCCACCAUUACCAAGCUUUUUUGUUUACAAGAGUCCUAAUUGGUGAUUCUGGAGGGGGGGAUUCACACCCAUCCUUUUAGAUUUUACAGCUGGAAACAGUUCUACAGACUGAAGCACAGAGUGAACACAUGGUGAAAGGAACACUGUUGGCAGCUCAGAUACUGUCCACCAAACCACCAAAUACACCCCAGUGCUUUUUUGUUUGUUUUUUUAAACAGGAGAUUGUGGAGGACUACUAAAUAUUAGACUCCAAAAAGCUCAUAAUUGAAGAGUGUAGCAGUCUUACAAGGAGCACCACUGUAAGGAACCACCGUCAACAUGACCUGCACCCAGAGACAAUCAGUCUGAAUGGAUGAACUACUUUGGCUCAACAAGGAGGACAAAUAGAUUUUUUUUUUUUUUACUGUUUUGGGUGACAUCACAUCACAGAUUUUAUUUGAAAGGCAACCUUGUGGUUUUUUGCCAACAAACAGCUUGACAUGUAUGCCAUAUUUCUUCAUUUUAAGUCUCUAUCUGGUCAUGUGUCAACCUUAAAGUAAAAGCACACGAUUGUCUUUUUGUCCUCCUUCAUAUUAUCCUAUCCCAGGGGAGAUACACAGCUACGAGUGUGGCCCAGAUCAGAAAAUACGACGAAAAGUAACAUGACAGUAAUUGUUUUAUUUUGUAGUUUAAAUAAUGGUUUAGUCCAACACUCAUCAACUUUUGUUACAUUUCACAUUUUCAUUACACAUUAAAAAUGACUAGGACAUAUUUUGUCUCAAUGUUUGGAUUUGACACAGUAUGGAGUAGAGAUGGGCGUUUGGCGACGUUAUUCUUAAUCUACCGAGUAAAAUGAAUCGAUUAUUUAAAAAAAUAUUAUGUUAGGAUCUCUGAAUGGUCCCCACACCUAUGUCCAUGCCAGUGUUGUAUUGAGCAGAAUAAUGUGCCAAGCCACCUUUAGACCACAAACAGAGACUGAAUCAACAGCGUCUCUGCUGGUGGCAGCCAAGUAAUGCACUUCAUUGUGCCUCAAUUACUUCAAAACACAAUUCAUCACUCAUCUGAAUUCUUAAUUAUUGUUAUUCCCAUCCCUAUGUGAAACAAAGCGGCCUAUAUAUGUGGGUCACACUCAGGGGACUAUCAUCGAUCAACAAUAAAAAUGUAGCACAGUCAGGGUACUCUCUAAGGUUAUUAUACCACAUUACUUGAAUAUUUGUUUAAUAUAUAUAUACAUAUAUGUAUAUAUACAUACACAUGUAGUAUAUUCCCCGACAACUGUUCUAGUUGAAUGAAGGAAGUGAACUUAUAUUACCAGAGAACUAUUUUGUGUUGUUUCAUGUAAUGUGCUUGAUAUGUUCUGCACAUUCCCAUACAGUUAAAAUGAGUGAUGGCCAAAUUUUGAGUUUAAGUGAAUUUGUAAUGGUUGAAUGGGUAACUUUUGGCUGGAAAUGACACAAGGAAGUGACACUCAAGUUGUUUUUUUUAAUCACAGUUUGAAAACGUAUAUCCGUUAUCUUAGCAGACAAGGGAUCCUGUAAAUUCUCACAUAAUCUCGGCCAGAGGAGUCCAAACGUUUUCCAUCAAGGGCCGCAUACUGAAAAAUCAAAGGAUUGGGGGCCCUUUUCUACAUUUUUUAAAUGUUUUUUAUCUUUAAAGAAAAACAACAGCCUGCAUCUCAGCUUUGUUGUUGGUGACAAAGAGGGUUAUUAGAAUGAACUUUUUCUCCUUAUGUUAUACUUUUUUGCUGUUUUUUAUUUUUACAAGUACUCUUUUACAUUUUUUUCAAGUAAUAUUAUGACUUUAUUCUCAUAAUAUUUUGAUCCUAUUAUAUAUAAAAACUUUUUUACCAACAUAAUUUUCCAAAAAAUUGCAACAUUUUUCUUUGUUUUGUUUGUUUCUCAUAUUGCAACAUUUUUUCAUAUAUUUCAACUUUAUUAUUUUUACUCUUCAUUUUAUGACUUUAUUCUCCCAAUAUUUCAUCUAUAUUCUCGUAAAAUUAAUGUCCUUUUUUUCCAUCUUUGUUGGGUUUUCUUUUAGUUUUCUUGUUUAAAUGUCUUUUUAGAAUGUGCAGAGGGCCGAUGAAAAAACAGCCGCGUGCUGUAAACGGCGCCCGGUUUGCACUUGAAACAUCCCUGAUCUAGCCUAUUCAGUCUAGAUCUAUACAUUUAGAAAACUGGACAUGCACGUGUAGAGAAAGGUUAUGAAGAAUUUUGGACAUGUCAAUAUUUAAAAAAAUAACAGUUGAUAUUUCUUUUUGUCACUGGAGCUUAAAGAACACAUGACUUCACUUAAACUCAAAAUAUGAAUUGCCGUAUUGACCCGGAUAUAAGACGCCCCUCUUUUUAAAGGAAUUUUUGGAAAACAAUAUCAGUGAAAUAACUGGUUGCUGCUUAACAGUUUGAUGAUGACGGUCUUAAAAUUAGCAUCAUCACAUCAUCAUAGCACACAACUUGUUGCCCAACCUUUUGACACACUUUUUUUCCCCCAGCUGAUCUCUGCAGCUGGUGUGUGUGAGUGACAGGAAGAAAAGCUCUGUCUCGUGCCACCUGUUGGUUUGCAUAAAUAUCUCUAGACCCCAAAUAUAACACAACCUUUGUUUUGCGGACUGCUUUUAGGGGAAUCAUGCCAUCGUAUAUUCAGGUCAAUACAGUAAUUUGAGCGUAAGUGCACAUUAUCACUGGGUCGUGACUUUUCUAUGUGUUGGAUCUUAUUUAGCUGUCUAUAAACAAAGGCGUGAGGCCAUAAUAUGCAGAUAUUUGUGAAGCGCGGACACACAUGAUGCAAAUGUUGAUCUCAGACUGUGAUUUGAAGCCUGCGCAGAAACAAUUUUCUUAUUAGUGUGUGUGUGUGUGUGUGUGUGUGUGGUUAGACAGUGAUCUUACCGAGAUCCGCCUCCUCAUGGCAUACAGUACCAGUCAAAAGUCUGAAGACACCUUCUCAUUUAAUAGCAAGACAAAGUAUGUCUAAACUUUUGUAACCCCUUGGUGAAGUCUCAGAAAUAAACAGCAAGAAGCGACACAAUGCCAGGAAAUGAAUGUAAUGCUUGUGUGUUGUUGGGAAGAAAGAUGUAUGUAUAUAUGACCCAUAUGCAGGUGUAUGUGCAGUAAUAAAUUACCAAUAAAGCAGGCUAUGGGGCGUC